GACACCGCAAUCACUACUCUUUCGUCAAAGGGAGGCGGUAAAGACCAUGCACGGCGUCAGGCGAGACAGAUCGUCGCAGACGGCUGAAGCACGGGCCGCACGGAAAGCAAAGGAGGCGUCGAAGCUGCAGGCCUACCUCGAGGUGCAGUCGAGGUUCUUUGAGCUCAAGUCGCGCAAGGAACACAGCCAGGACUCGUUGGCGGCCACGACAAAGAUUCUGACGCUGAGUCCAGAGCUUUACACAGCAUGGAACUUCAGAAGAGACGUCCUCAAGGAGCUCUUCAAGGGCGAAACGGUGCCAAUCAAGGAGGAAAAAAAGGACUUUUUCGCUUCUGUGCGCAUUGAAGAAGAUCUGUCAGCGGCCUCCGCAUCGAAGAGGAACGAUGGGAAAGAGGAGAGGCGACCGUCGCUUGAUUAUAAAAGAAGCUUGCUGGAAGACGACUUGGAACUGACGACGCACGCGCUUCGGGCCCAUCCCAAGGUCUAUUGGAUCUGGAAUCACAGGAGAUGGUGCCUCGAAGAGUAUCCAGAUGAGACGGGCACAAAGUGGAAGAGGGAGCUGGCCAUGGUCGACAAGAUGCUCGAGAUGGAUCCUAGGAAUUUUCACGGAUGGACGCAUCGUCGCUACAUCUUCUCUCGCCUUGCGUCCUCUACCACCUCGUCGACACCAGACCUACCAUUAUACCCCUACAGCCUCACCUCCCCAGAGCUCUCUCCUGACAGCAGACGGACGCAACUCCAGCUCGCCCGGCAGGAGCUUUCGUACUCCCUGUCCAAGAUCGAGACCAACUUCUCCAACUUCUCGGCCUGGCACCGCCGGUCCAUUCUUCUACCACUCGUCUGGCAGGCCGAGUCGCUGAGCGCGACGCAGAUGAGGAAGAGAAGAGACGAGGAGUUUGACCUUAUCAAGCAGGCCCUCUUUACCGAUCCAGACGACCAGAGCGUCUGGAUCUACCACGAAUGGCUCAUCGACAAAGAGGCAAGCCAAGACGUGCUUGAGCGAGAGAUUGAAGUCGUACGAGAGCUCGUUGAUUUGGAGCCUGAUAGCAAGCUGUGUAUGCGGGCGCUCUCACAUAACCUAUCAAUGCUCUCUACGGUCAUCAAGGGCCAUGACCCGCAAAGGGCGAAGAGCCUUUCGGAAGAGACAAGAGACUUACUCCAGAGGCUCGUCGAGGUCGACCCAGAUCGUAAAGGGAGAUACUUGGAUCUGCUUCAGGGUCUCACCGCUUGACGGUGGCCGCCUGACAGAUGUAGUUGCUACACUACACUAGUAUUUGUCAUAUGUACUUUGAAUUCAUUGUCCCAAAAAUGGCCAGACUCAGAUGGAGAG